CGAGCUUUUGUUCACACUGUCUUUCUGUGUCACCUGACAUAGAAAGGAUAUAUUUUUUAUACCGAAAGUACCCUCCUGGUUAAUCUGGUGAUCGACCAUUCCCAUUUCCAACGUACAUUAAAUCAGCAUGGUCAUUUUGAUCAUUAUAAAUGUUAAAGCAGUCCCAUUUUUGUCCCAUGAAGCAGUAUGUAUAUAAAUGUACACAGUUGCGUUCUCCUUUUCCCAAUUGCACUUUGCACUGCUUGCCUUUUCUAGCUUAAGGAAUAACACACACAGAGAGACAGACACAGGAAGAGAGAAAGAGAGAGAAGGCAUCCCUCUGGCGCUGGCUUGGUCUUGGGAGAUUGUGGAUAAUCAAGUUCGGCUAAACGAGAUCAUCGUAUAAACAGUCACAAUGGGAGAUUCUGAGGGAACUGUCUUGAACUCACGAAUGCUUGAAAGAUUAGGCCCUGGAGAUGUAUUUUAUAAGAACUACGGAGAGUUUGGGAUGGUGGUUGCUGUUAUUAUUGCCAUACUUGUACCUGUAUUGCUUUCUGCCGUGUUAAUGGGAAAGAAAAAGGAAAAGCAAAGAGGAGUUCCAGUAGAAGUUGGUGGUGAGACAGGGUAUACAAUUCGCAAUGCUCGGUUUGCUCAGUUGGUUGAUGUUCCUUGGAAAGAAGCCACGACCAUGGCAGCAUUAUUUGAACAAUCCUGCAAAAAGCAUUCUACAGAUCGAUUUCUUGGUACAAGAAAGCUAAUUAGUAGGGAUUUUGUCACUGCAAGUGAUGGUAGGAAGUUUGAAAAGCUACACUUGGGGGAUUAUGAGUGGCAAACUUAUGGUGAGGUUUUUAAUCGUGCUUGCAACUUUGCAUCCGGCCUUAUCAAAAUAGGUCACAAUGUUGAUACCCGCGCUACAAUUUUCUCGGAAACUAGGGCUGAGUGGCUUAUUGUUUGUCAGGGAUUCUUUCGGCAGAGUAUCACUAUUGUUACACUUUAUGCUUCUCUAGGUGAAGAUGCCCUGAUUCACUCACUCAACGAGACCCAAGUAUCAACUCUGAUCUGUGAUUCGAAGCAGUUGAAGAAGUUGGCUGCUAUAAGCUCAAGUCUGGAAACUAUCAAGAACGUCAUUUACAUAGAGGACGAAGGAACUACAGAUGAUUCUAGCUUCUCUGGAAGCAUGGGUAGCUGGACAGUGUUUUCUUUCUCCCAAGUUGAGAAACUUGGGAAGGAAAAUCCUGUUACGGCAAGCCUUCCCUCGAAGAAUGGCAUUGCGGUUGUCAUGUAUACAAGUGGUAGUACUGGCCUGCCAAAGGGAGUCAUGAUUACUCAUGGCAAUAUGGUAGCUACUGCUGCAUCUGUUAAGACGGUGAUUCCAAAACUGGGAAGCAAUGAUGUAUACUUGGCAUACUUGCCCCUAGCACAUGUUCUUGAACUAGCAGCUGAGUCUGUGAUGUUGUGUGCAGGAUGUGCGAUUGGCUAUGGCUCCGCAUUUACUUUGACUGACACUUCUAACAAGAUUAAAAAAGGAACUCAGGGGGAUGCCUCUGUGUUAAAGCCUACUCUCAUGGCAGCAGUACCAGCUAUUAUAGAUCGAGUUAGAGAAGGAGUGCUGAAAAAGGUUGAGGGGAAGGGUGGAUUAGCAAAGAGAUUGUUCGACAUUGGAUAUAAUCGUCGACUGGCAGCUGUAGAAGGUAGCUGGCUUGGCGCUUGGGGAGUAGAGAAAUUGUUUUGGGAUAUCAUUGUCUUCAAAAAAAUACGUGAUGUACUUGGCGGGCAUCUCCGGUUUAUGCUAUGUGGCGGAGCUCCAUUAUCAGGGGAUUCACAGCGAUUUAUCAACAUAUGCAUGGGGGCUCCUAUAGGUCAAGGAUAUGGCUUGACUGAAACCUGUGCUGGAGCUGCUUUCUCUGAAUGGGAUGACACGAGCGUGGGUCGAGUUGGACCUCCUUUGCCUUGUUGCUACAUUAAGCUUGUUUCUUGGGAAGAAGGUGGAUAUAUGUCAUCUGACAAGCCAAUGCCUAGAGGAGAGGUUGUAAUUGGGGGAUUGACUGUGACUGCUGGUUACUUCAACCAUCCGGAAAAAACUAACGAAGUGUACAAGGUUGAUGAGAGGGGCAUCCGCUGGUUUUAUACCGGUGAUAUUGGACAAUUCCAUCCUGAUGGUUGCCUUGAAAUUAUUGAUAGGAGGAAGGACAUUGUCAAGCUUCAACAUGGAGAGUACAUUUCCCUUGGAAAGGUCGAGGCAGCACUAGCAUCAAGUAAUUAUGUGGACAGUAUCAUGGUUUAUGCAGACCCCCUUCAACACUAUUGUGUAGCUUUAAUUGUUCCAGCACGCGAAGUCCUGGAGAAUUGGGCUCGGGAGGCUGACAUCAAGUACGAAAAAUUUCCCGAGUUGUGUGAGAGAGCUAAAACUGUCUGCGAGGUUCAACAAUCACUCUCCAAGGUGGCAAAAUCUGCAAAAUUGAACAAGUUUGAAAUCCCUGCAAAAAUAAAGUUGCUGGCAGAUCCAUGGACACCUGAAUCUGGCUUAGUUACUGCCGCUCUCAAGAUAAAGAGAGAACAGCUGAAAGCUAAGUUCAAAGAUGAACUACAGAAGUUAUAUCAGUAAAGCAUGCAAAUGCUGACCACCUUACGAAUUUUAUCUAAGUUGGCAAGGAUCUUUUGAACCAAGACUAUUGUACGUUCUUCAUGGCUGAGCGCUUUUACUGAUAGCCAUCAGUCCAUGUAAGCAUGCAUCCAGACACAGUGAGAUAAAAUAUGGAUCAGUUCAUGAAUUUAUAUUGGCCAUGGCAAAUUAAAUACACCGAUCUAAUGCUAGUAGUAACAUAA